GUGACGUCAGCUAUCCGUUCCGCAUGCGCGAACUGUUCUUGCAUUCUGGUUUUGUGAAAAGCAACAGAGCAGUGUGGUCUUUAAGUUGGUAUCUAAUCGUCUACGGUGUGACAAACUACAUUUUAUUCAUUGUUCGUGUCAGGACGAACUCGAUUUAGUGAACUUUGACGCUUCUGAUGCUAAUUUAGCCUGCCAGUUAGCUUAGCUUGCUAGCUGCUAACCGAGAGACUGACGUUAUCAAAACAUCGCUAAGCAGACACAAAGUGUGAGUGUAAAGUGUUGCGAUUAUGUGAAAAUGUGUAAAAUACAAAUGCUGAGAGUGUUGGUGAAUCAGCGACAAACUCCGAAAGUGGAAGAAAUAUUUAUAGUGUUAGAAAGAUAGCACGACGAAGAACUUUCUCCAACAACAAGAAAAGAGGAGAACUAGCGACAACGUCAACUACUGGACGCUGUUUUCAAGAAGCAUCAAGUUGUGUUACACAGAACAGGUGAGGGGAGCAGUGAGCAGCAGCGGUGGCCGCGCUCGGGAAACAUUUUGGUGAUUUAACCCCCAAUCCCGACCCUUGAUGCUGAGUGCCAAGCAGGAAGAAAUCUGUGAAGAACAUCUCCCUGAGGAGUAGGAGUGGACCUCCAGGAUGGAGCAGGAGAUACCACAGCAACAUCUCACCAACAUUAAAGAGGAAGUUGAUGAGCUACAGCCCCGACACAUUAAAGAUGAAGAGGAGGAACACAGCAUCAGUCAGAAUGUAGAUCAUCGUAAAGGACUGGAGGAGGUUGAUGUCCCCAGGAUGUCAUUGACUGUUGUCAUUGUGAAGAGUGAAGAUGAUGAGGUCAAAAGUGAAAGUGAGGAGAAGAGAGAGGUGGAGCCUCCAAGCAACAGCUCAACUCAACACAUGACAACAGAAGCUGAUGGAGACCACUGUGGAGGAUCACAAGCAGACAAACUUUUAGCUCCACUAUCAGAUAGUGAUGACAUGAUGUCACACUCUUCUGACACUGAUGAUGAAGAAGACUCUGAAGCUGAUACAACAUGUCACACUGACAACACACACUUUAAAUGUUCUCACUGUGGCAAAACUUUUUAUCACCAUCAUAAAAUGAAAAUACACAUGAGAAUACACACAGGUAAAAAACAUUUUUCCUGUUCAAUCUGUGGUAAAGGCUUUACACAAAGUCAUAAUUUGAAAAUACACAUAAGAACACACACUGGUGAAAAACCGUUUAUGUGUUCAAUCUGUGCCAAAGGUUUUACACAAAAUAAUAAUUUGAAAGCACACAUGACAACACACACUGGUGAAAAAAAAUUCACCUGUUCAAUUUGUACUAAAAGUUUUACCCAAAAUAUUCAUUUGAAAGCACACAUGACAACACACACUGGCGAAAAACCCUUCAUCUGUUCAAUUUGUGCCAAAGGUUUUACACAAAAUAGUAAUUUGAAAACACACAUGACAACACACACUGAUGAAAAACCUUUUAUCUGUUUAAUCUGUGGUAAAGGUUUUACACGAAAUAUUAAUUUAAAAACACACAUGACAACACACACUGGAGAAAAACCCUUUAUCUGUUCAAUUUGUGGUAAAGGUUUUACACAAAAUAGUGAUUUGAAAGCACACAUGACAACACACACUGGUAAAAAACUGUUUUCCUGUUCAAUCUGUGCUAAAGGUUUUGUACGUAAAGAUCUGUUGAAAAGACACAUGAGAAAACACACUGGUGAGGAAGUGUGAGUUGCAGUGUGUGUAAUGAAAGAUCCUCUUAAAAGUGCCAGUGUCAGGAACACAAGAACAUUAGCAGCAAAUUAAGCUGCAGGAUUUUAAAUAAAUUGUCAAAACUUUGACUUUCUAACAUCACCACAUAACAUAUGUGACAUCAUUGUGUGUGUGUAUCACAAUCUUGUUAAUAUAAUGUAUAGACUAAAUAUGUUAGAUUAGUGGAUGUAUGUAUGUUUUAAUAUCUACAGUAGUAUACAACAUUGUAUUCAUUUAUUUUCAUAACACAAUUACUUUGAAAAGGUUUACAUUGUUUAUUCUGACUUACCAUACAUUAUUUUUGUAUUUGUUUUAAAAAUAUAAACAGAUCAAUACAUUUGUUGCAUAAAAUAAACAUUGUAUGCAAAUACAGAGUAUAUAAUAAAAAAAUAUGUCUCGAUCUUAUUCAUAAUAGUUUCAAAUGUAUGAAGUGUGUUGGAUAUUUUUAAUUUCAAAUACCAAAAAAAUCCAUAGAUGAACUCCCUUAUAUGAUAUACAUAUUUUUUGGUGUGUUUUUUUAAUAUCUUUGCUUUUGGCUACACAUAAAUCCCUACUAUUUCAUAUCUAUUGGUUCACAUCUGAAACAUCUUCUGGACCGGUUCUGAAAGCAUAUUAUUUACUUUAUACAUAAUUUGUGCAGUUGUGUAUUCUACAAGAUAAUUUACCUUUGAUAUGUUUGGCCAUAAUUCAUUUGUUGAGUCUGGAUAAUCCAUUAUUUUAAUUAUCCUUAUAACUCUCUUUUGUAAUAUGAAUAUUGGUUUUGUAAUUUAUAUCUAUGUCCCCAUAUGCAAUAAGAAAUGUAUGCUUCAACUAAAGUUGUGUACAAUAAAUGUGAAUAUGUGUUGAGUAUGUAGUUUGUUUUAGUUCAUAUUCAUACAAUGUGAAGCUGAGCAAUCUUGAUGGAGCCAUGCAUUUUCUAAGAAGAAGAAGACAAAGAAGCACUCGAUCACAAUGGCAGGGCAUCUGUCGCUUCAUCCUGGACAAUAUUCAUGACAAAUUUGCGCUUUGUUUUAAAGAUGUGCUUAUCGAAUAUGCACAGUAUGAGAACAAUUUUUAAAAGGAAUUUUACCUUUGCAACCUCAUUAUACUAUUGGCUAAGUUUUAUAUUCAUAAAUGUAAGUUUCUCAAUACCCGACCUAUUUUUU